CGUGCUCAUAACUCAUAAUAGUAAAUAAAUAGUCUAAUAAGGCCGUUCUCAUAACAAAUAAGUGAAUUUUUUUUUUCAUAGUUAAAUACUUGAAUUAAACGUGCAGAAGUCAAUAUUUUAAGGAAAAAAAACCACCUAUUUAUUUACUAAGAUCUACUGAUCGUCUUAUCUAGGGUUUAGAUUUUAGAAUUAUAGAAAUAUCUGAGUGUAGGACUACUAGAAUUAAAGUGGUACAAUUUAUAUUUAAUUUUAAAAUUUGGAAAAUUAAAUACUACAUAAUAUGGCAUAAUAUAGUUUUUGGUAUGAUGCAGUUCUUCUCUCGAUAUUAGUGUAUAAUAAGCUGUUAUAUAUUUUUUAUCGAUGCUAGCAUCAAUGAUUUUCCAUUAUUUUUCUUAACCAAUUCAAUUUUUUGUAUGAACUGCUAAAUAACCUAGUCAUAAGUUAUCUCAUAAUGGAACAAAAGUUAUACAAGAAAAGGUUUAAGUAUGAAUCUAUAUUGAAGAAAGAUAUGAAUAUUGAAGCUAGCUCUAGUCCAACUAAGAAUUUAAUGGUGUGCAAUUAUGGUUUGGUAAACGGUUUAAGUAGAAAAGAUGUUUUACAAGUUUUUUCUCAAUAUGGUCAAAUAGAGCGCAUAAUAAUGUUACCUCAUAAAUCAUAUUGUUUUAUUUGCUACACCAGUAUACAGGAAGCAAUAAGUGCAUGGGACAAAGUGAAUUGGAAAGUCAAUAGUCUUCCUGAACAACAAUUGUUUUAUUUGAUUUAUACUGUAUCAGUCCCAAAAUUAAUAGAAACGUCAACUUCAUCCCCUUCUGGUUUAGAAAUUAUUGACAAUUUCAUUACAGAAGAAGAAGAACAUUUUAUGUUACAAUAUUUAAAAAAACAUUGGUCCGAAUCAAGUUCAAUGAAGCAUCGUCAAGUAAAACAUUAUGGAUAUGAAUUUGAUUAUGACAAUAAUGGAGUUCGAUAUGAUUCAUGUGAUCCAAUUCCUAAAGAAUUUGAAUUUAUUUUAAAUGCUAUUUAUUUGCGUUUAAAAUGGCAUCCCAAUCAAAUAACUGUUAAUAAAUAUUUACCUGGACAAGGAAUUCCGAGUCAUAUAGAUACUCAUGGAGUUUUUGACGAAUAUAUUUUGUCUCUGUCAUUAAAUUCUGAUAUUAUAAUGGAAUUCAGAAAAGGAAACAAUCACAAUAAUAUUUUGCUAAAGUCAAAAUCUCUUUUAAUUAUGUCUGGUGAAUCAAGAUUUGAUUGGACUCAUGGCAUAACGCCCAGAAAAUUUGAUAUAAUUAACACGGUAGAUGGUCCUGAUAUUAUUUGUCGUGGAACUAGAAUUUCUGUAACAUUUAGACGAGUAGUUCAGAAUUAUGAAAAUAUUGAGGUUAAAAGAAAUUUAUAUGAAAUAUUAGGUUGUGAUAAAACCACACCUUUUGAAACAUUAAAGGACAAUUAUAGAAAAUUACUUGUUAAGCUUCAUCCAGAUAAAAGUAUUUUGUCAUCCACAACAGCUGCUUGUGCCGAAUUGAAUAAAGCAUGGAGUGUUCUUAAAGAUGCUGAAUUAAAAAAAACAUAUGAUGAGCAAAUUGAACAAUGUGAUAUUGAUACAGAAGUAACAAUCUUUGAAACUCUAAAUAUUAGUGAUUUAGAAAAUAAUGAAGCGGAAGAAACAUUUUCCUACAGAUGCCGUUGUGGAGGCAUGUUUUUAGUACCUAAGUCAAUAGUUGAUCAGAUAGAACCUUUAUUAUUUCCUUGUGAUGAUUGUUCUUUAUUUAUUAAGAUUACGUUACCAAACACUAAUGUUUCAUAAUAAAAAAGAAAAGUACCUAAAACGAAUCAAUUAAUAAAUCAGGAUAUAUUUUUUGUGUAUAUUUUUGUAUAUUAUGUAAACUCCAGUUAACUAAGGGAGAUAGCGUCAUGGGUUUAUGCAGUCGGGUAGCUUAGUGGUAGAGCAAUUGCCCGACAAGCGAGAGACUCGGGUUCGAUUCCUGGUCCGGUGGCUAAAUUUUUGACGUUAUUUCCCCUGGAGAAGUUAACAAUUAGGUAUAAAUAAAUGACAGGUAACCAUAGUAAAAAUGUAAUUAUUUUAAAUGAAAAAAUUAGAUUGUUUUUAAAAAUAAUUCAAACAUUUAAAACAUCUUAAUCAUUUUGAUUUCUUGUUGGUGUAAUUCCAGCCGCACCCCCUAUUUCAAACAAGAAAUUAUUUUUCUCUUAUAUGAUUAAAUUAAGGCUGUUUUCCGUCGCGGCUUAAAAGUUUAAAUGUUCAUAUAAAAUAUUAUAAAACUGCAGAAUUAAAAAAAAUAUUUAUUAGUUUGUAUCGUAACAAUAAUUGUUGUCUACUUGUCUCUGCUUAUUAUACACUCAACUCGGCCAAAUUAGCGUAAGGAGCGUAAUCCAUUCUAAUAAGGAGUAAAAACUAGGCAUUUUUUAUUUUAGUUUAUAUGGGUCUUGUGAUGUCGUUGGCUUGCUGGUAAAUUUAUUUUGAAAUCCUUAUCUCAUAGUAAUCACAUAGUAAUUUUUGACAUUUAUUAUUCUUUAUAUCUCGAUUGGCGCUAUGUCUCCAAAUCCACUCCUGUCUUAUCUAUUAUCGCUAAUUCUGUUUCGUGUUUCCACCAAUUCACCAUCAACUCAGUCAAACUUCCUCUUUAUGAGGUUCAAUAAGACUCUUUACUAUGUUUCCCUCAUGUUCAAGUGGGUCAUCAGUUUUCUGACAUUUCCUCCAAUGACUUUAAAUUGAUGUCUUAUUCCAUGGUCAACGCAGCUUUUUCAAACUAUCUUAAUAUUCAUUUUCCUGAUUUUAUUAUUAUUUAUACUGAUGGAUCAGUUUCACCCCUUUCUGCUGGUUAUGCAUUCCAUAUUCCAGAAUUACAUGUAUCUUUCACAGACAGCCUCCCUCCAUCGUCUUUCUCCUUCUCAGCUGAAUGCUAUGCCAUCAUUGAAGCUCUAACAUUAAUUCUUAACUUCGCCCCGAAUAAAUAUUUAAUAGCCACUGACUCUAUGUCUUGCCUACAAGCUUUAGUUUCCAACCCUUUCAACUCUCACCUCUCCCCUCUUGUUCUUCGUAUUAAAUCUCUUGUUUUCAACCUCAAUCAAUCAAACUACAUUAAUCACUUCCUUUGGAUUCCCAGUCACACUGGUAUACGUGGUAACGAGAUUGCCGAUAAUUUGGCUAAAUCCAUCUCCCGUCAAAUUUGUCCCUCUCUUACACAUCUACCACAAUCUGACUUUAUUCCAUUUUUAAAACGCUACCUAUCUAGUCUAUGGUCUUCCUAUUGGCAUAACUUACCGGCUGAGUUUGCUUCGAGAUAUAGACAUACAACACCUGAUAUCAAAAAAAAACCUGGUUUAACAACCUAAAUUUACAAAGAUCACAUAUAGUACAAUUUAAUCGUUUACGUAUAGGACAUUCCUUAUUACCUAGUCACUCUUUCAAAUUUGGACUAAACGACUCACCGCUUUGCACACUUCAUACAAAUGAGUGUAUCUGUGACAUUCCUCAUAUUUUAUUUAACUGUCCUACCCUCCGGCUUAAAAGACAAAUUCUAUUUAACAAUCUUAUAUAGUUAUAUCUCUAAAUAUUCCUCUCAAUCUUUACUCCAUCUUAAAAACAAAAUCUGAAAUAGCUAUUAAAAUGAUAAUCACCUUUAUACUGGAGGCUGGCUUCAUUAUAUAGUAUAUAAGAAUUUAAUAUGAUGUUAACCCUAAUUUUGUAUUGUUUUGUUUUUAUUAUUUAAUUGUCAAGCUAUCAUAGUUUAUACUGGAGGCUUUAAAUAAAAAAAAAAAAUGGGUCUUAUGAAUGUGUUGGAAGUACCUAAAUAAACAUUAGUGUGUGUAAUUCACAGUACCCAUCACAUUGACGUCGUAUACUUGUAUACUUGUAUCGGGGCAUCAUAGUGACCGGGUAUUA